AUGAAAGACAUAAAGAUAUAUGGAUUUGGAUCAAAUUACUGUGGACAAUUGAACUUAGAUGAUGAGACUGGAACAACAGAGAUACCAAUAUGUGUUAAUGAUAUUGAUAUGUUAAGGGGUAAGAAUGUGGUCAAAUUAGUUUGUGGUAAGAUGCAUGUAUUAGUGCUUUGUGAAAACAAUGAAUUGUAUGGAUGGGGAGUCAAUGAUGAUCACGCUUUAGGAAGUGAUUUCUCAGAUCAUGAUUUAUGUAGACAAAUACCUUUUAAGUAUAAGAUUGUAGAUAUCUAUGCUGGAACUUCAUACUCAGCAAUUUUAACAAAAGAGGGAAGAGUAUAUACUUGUGGAACAUUUAAAUCAGCCAAUGGAAUAUUAGGAUAUGAUUUUAAUAACAAUUUUGGGAAAAUGUUCCAAUUAGUACCAGAAUUAAGGAGAAUAAAGAAACUAGCAGGAAAUUAUAAUCAUUUAUUAUGUAUAGACUCACAGGGAAGUAUUUGGGGGAUGGGUGACAAUGAGUCAUUGCAGUUAGGAAAGAAAGAAAGUUUAAGAAAUCGCAAAUAUUCACUAUUUCCAACUUUAGUAAAAAGUAAAUUUAAGAAAAAGUUUAUAAAGGUAAGUGGUGGUACUUAUCAUACGAUGGCUAUUACUGAAGAUAAUAAAGUGAGUGGAUGGGGAGGUAACUACACAGGACAGUUGGGUGAUGGUACUUUAGAGAGUACAAUGUAUAAGAGAGAAUUAGAAUUAAAUAACAUAGUUGAUGUAAGUUGUUCCAACUCACAUACACUCUUUUUAGACGGUGAAGGAACAGUUUAUGGUUGUGGAGAUAAUAGAGAUGGACAGCUUGGAGUGAAAGAAAAAAAAGAUUUUAUAAAACCAAUAGAAAUUACAAAGAAUGUCUGUAAAAUCAGAACAGGCAAUUCUUUUUCUGUAGUUCAGAAGGGAAAUGAAUUAUUUGCAACAGGAUGUAAUGUAGAGAAACAGUGUGGAGUAAAGCAACCAUCAAGUCUCUAUGAAUUUACUAGAAUUAAUUUUGAUUUUGGAGAAAUAAUUGACUUCAGUGUUGGAGGAUCAUUUGUGAUUGUAAUUUCUAAAAAAUAA